AUGGAGGAGGUCCGGGUAGCGGUGUUUCAAAUGCAUCCUGACAAGUCCCCGGGUCCUGAUGGUUUUGGGCCGGGAUUUUUUCAGUAUUUCUGGGACAUUGUGGGGGGUGAGGUUACGGCUUUCUGUAGGUGCUUCUUGGAUUCAGCUAAGCUCCCAGGUGGUGCUAAUGAUACUCUUGUUGUUCUGAUUCCGAAGAAGGCUAGGCCGGAGUCUAUGAAGGAUCUGCGCCCGAUAGCGUUGUGUAAUGUCAUUUAUAAGAUUGUGGCUAAGGUGUGUGCUAAUCGUUUAAAACCUUUGUUGCAGAAGCUGAUUUCGAAUGCGCAGAGUGCCUUUGUUCCGGGCCGCCUAAUUACUGACAAUAUCAUGCUUGCCUACGAGGUUCACCAUUAUUUGAAACGGAAGACCCAAGGCCGUGAGGGGGUGGUGGCGUUGAAACUUGACAUGUCCAAAGCCUAUGAUCGGGUGGAGUGGGAGUUUCUUCGGGCAGUAAUGCUUAAGAUGGGUUUUGGUGAUAGAUGGGUCAAUAUUAUGCUUGAAACGGUAACUUCUGUGCACUAUCAUAUCUUACAUGACCAGCGUCGAUUGGGACCAAUUAUACCUGGAAGGGGGCUACACCAAGGGGACCCGCUGUUCCCAUAUUUAUUCCUCUUUGUCGCAGAAGGGUUGAGCGCCAUGACUGAAAGAAGUAUGGUUGCGGGCCGAUUGCAUGAUGUUUCGGUUGCAAGGGGUGCGCCUUCUGUCUCUCAUCUUCUCUUUGCAGAUGACUCCUUCCUGUUCCUUCGGGCUGAUGAGGAGGAGAGCGUUCAAAUGAGGUAUGUGCUGGAUACUUAUGCUAGGGCUUCUGGCCAGCAUGUUAAUUACGAUAAAUCUGCUGCAUGUUUUAGUGCUAAUGUGCCACAGAGUAGAAGGAAUGAAGUGGUUGAUGUUCUGGGCGUGGAGGAGGGGGAGACUAGUGGAAAAUACUUGGGUUUGCCUUCUCUAGUGGGAAGGAGGAAGAAUGCCAUACUGGGGUUUCUGAAGGAUCGUAUACUCACCAGGGUUCGUUCUUGGAAUGCCAAGUUCCUGUCAAGAGCUGGGAGGGAGGUUCUAUUGAAAAAUGUUUUGCAGGCAAUGCCAGCAUAUGCUAUGAUGGUGUUUCUGCUCCCCUUGGGCCUUUGCCGGGAAAUUGAGGUAGUAUUGAACCAGUACUGGUGGUCUGGUGAUGUGAGUAAUGGUCGUGGAAUACGAUGGCGUUCUUGGGAGGGUUUGUCGAGGCCAAAAGCGUGUGGUGGAAUGGGGUUUAGGCGCCUUCAUGAGAUGAAUAAAUCUCUUCUUGGAAAGAAGGCUUGGAGGGAGGGGAGCAAUCCGUCCUACAUAUGGCGGGGUAUGUUGGCAGUGAAAGAGUGCUUGAAGGAGGGAUGUAGAAGGGUGAUUGGCGAUGGUAAUGGGACUAUCAUUGGCAGGGAUCCUUGGCUAUCAGUGGAUGAAAAUCCAUUCGUAGAAACGGAGCUGCAUCAGACAAUUUAUCAGGCCCCGGUGUCCUCCUUAAUGAAUUUACAUGUAUUCGUAAGCCUUGUGAUCAGUGGUUUUGGCAAUGGGAGCAGAAAGGAGCGUAUUCGGUUAAAUCUUGUUAUAAGCAGCUCACUUUGGUGCCUGCAAGUGAUCGCCCUUGGGCAAGUAUUUGGAGUUUGCAUGUCCCUCCAAAGACAAGUUCAGGAGUCGGCCAUGCACCUUUUUGUCCAGUGUGGGGAGGCAGUUCGGCUUUGGAAUAAGCUGGAGAUGUCGCAUGUAAGUGCCUACGAUGGUAAUAAUCUUGGAGAUUGGCUUUUUUGGGCCUUGGGCACCUUAGAUUUAUGUUCAAAACCAAAGUUUGUUAUGGCUUGUUGGGGUGUGUGGACCAGCAGGAAUGAGAGUGUGUGGAAGGGUAUUGAUUUUGAUUUGUGUACUAUGUUGCAUAGGGCGUUGCUGUUUCUGGAUUGUUGGGGAAAUGCGAAUCAGAAGCUGCCAGCUGAUGUUGCCCACUCGGAUUCGCAUGUUGUGGUAGGCUGGGCAAGGCCAUCACAUGGGAGGCUAAAACUUAAUACGGAUGCUGCGCUAAAUGUUGAGGAUAAUGCUAUGGGUUUUGGAUGGGUCUUACGUGAUGAUGUUGGAAAUUUUCUGGCUGCCAAGAAUAUAAGAAUGCCUGGGUUAUGUGCGGUUAGGGAAGCAGAUGUGCUAUUUAUUCGGGAGGCAUUGAGUUGGUUAAGGGAUACAGGACUGGGUGCGGUGGAUGUGGAAACAGAUUGUCAGGUUGUUUUUAAUGCAAUUACUUCAGUUUCUUUUAUUUCAGUUUUUGGUUAUUUAGUUUAUGAUGUAAAGAAUUUGGCAUCUGAGAUUGAUGAUGUGAAAUUCUGUCAUGUUAAGCGAUCUGCGAAUUGUGCUGCCCACACUGUUGCAAGGGAGGCCUCUUCUAUGUCAGGUUGCGGUGAGUGGUUAGAUGAACCACCUGCCUUUCUUGUCAACAUUCUUCAUUCCGAUUUAAUGAAUUAA